AGCGGGGCCGGGCUGCACCCUGCACAUCGCAGGGUCAACGCUCAGUGACACCGGGAACUACACGGUGCUGAUACAGAGCCGGACCGGUACUAACCCUGUCCGCUCCAUCAGGGUGGUUCUGCGCGUCUCUGAAAUGCUGCCCAGGCCCACGGUGACGCCCGGCCAAACCCAGGUGCUGGAGAACGGGACCUUCACCCUCACGUGUAACAGCUCCCCCAGCGCUGACACUGUGCUCUGGCUCCGGGACGGGGCAUCUCUCGUGCCCAGUGAGCGGCUGGGGCUGUCCCCUGAAAACCGGACCCUCAUGGUGCCAAAUGUCACCCGGGGCGACGCCGGCGCCUACCAGUGCGAGGUCGGGAACCCCGUCAGUUCCGUACGCAGUGAGCCCAGCACUGUGAUGGUGGCCUAUGCCCCUCAUCCAGCUCUCUCUGCUGGGGCCGUCGCUGGGAUUCUCAUCGGGUCACUAGCGGGGGCAGCGCUGGUCGGAGUCGGGGCCUAUUUCCUCUCCUCUCGCUGCCGGAACAAGACCCCCAAGAAGAACGGGGCACCCGUCCUGGUGUACGAGAACCUGCCCCUUACAGCCUGGGCGGGGCCAGUGGCCCAGCCCGGGAGCCCCCCUGACCCCAGUCCCACAUAUCAGAUGCUGCAGCCCCGACAGCCGGACGUGUACGAGGAGCUGAAGAAGUGACGCCCCCUCCUGCCCCCGGGGCAUGCUGGGAGGGGCCCGGGGCAUGCUGGGAAAGGCGAGUCCCUGAGCCUGGGUCCCCCCGCCCCGGGGACGUCCCGUCGAUGAAGCGUUAGAGGGCAGGAACAGUCACCACCUGGCCUGGGGGGUCCGUCCGUCUGUCUGUCCAUGCUGCUUCCCUGGGGCCCAUCACCGCAGCGUCUGGGCCCCUGCGAGGAGAUCAGAAAGUCGGCGCCUGUGACUGGCUCCGGCUCCAUUGUGCCCAGCCCAGGAUUUGGUUUGGUGACGUCUCACAACCAAACACCCCCAGCCUGGGCACGUGCCCUGUUCUCUGCCCGCCUGACCUGAGCCUGGCGCUCUGUGUCCCACACCAGGCCGCGGGAGCUCCCCACUGCACGGAGGGGCCCGGGCGGCUGAGUGACUGGCCGGGUCCCACGGGUUGACUGUGCGUUUUGUGAAUUAAUUUCAUUUGCUGACCCCUAGUUCUUGUGUUAUGAGGAGUAAAUAACAGGAGCCCCCAGCGGCUCCUUCUCCCAGCUCUGGGCUCUGGCUGGUCCAUACGCUCAGCUCUGGGCUCUGGUCCAUACACUCAGCUCUGGGCUCUGGUCCAUACACUCAGCCUGGUUUGCUCUGUAAGGCCUGGCCAUGCCGGGGCUGAGCGGGGCGCUGGCUGG